CAGCUGGAGCCGGCCUCUCUGUUCACUUGUUGCGCUCGUGUCGGCUACAGUUCCACAAUCGCGCGCGCGCACACACACACGCACGCGCGAUUAAUUACAUAAGCCUUCACGCACAUACCUUAUCAAACACACCAUACGUAGAUCCGGCACCUGCGAUUAACAUAGGUUGGCUACAUACGGCGCGAAAUCAGAUAAACAUAAUAUUUCUUCACACACAUAUAUACCGACUCACACACAUAGUCGCAGCACACUUACUUAAAAAAUCACAGACAGGUAUAUUCAUAAUCACACACAGGUAUCUACAUAACAUCCCACAUACAUACACACAAGGUGCCUGCAUAAUCACACACACACACACUUGGCACGCACCCUACGUGGCCUUACACACAACGCACGCAGCUAACCGGCAUAAUCUAACGCACACGGGGACCUACGUAAACACUCACACGUGGGAGCCGCAUCAAACAACACAGGGGCGAUAGCUGCACACGGCAGCCGCACUCAACCGCACGCAUGAACGCUCACGCUAACAAAACCAUGGACAGCGGCAGCGGGAGCUCCAAGUCCGCCCUCGCUAACGGCUUCUCAGCAGCGGCGCAGGAGGAUGAGGAAGACGGCGUGAGAAGCGACGAGGGCACUCUGCCUCCUCCUCCUCCUCAUCCUCUCGUCCUCCCUGCGGGUCACUCGGAGCGCACGAACGGACUGCAGGCGGUGCCCGCUCCAGGGCGCGUCGCGCACGCAGCCCCAGCGACGGCGUUGAGGCAGCUGGAGGUCGCCUACACGGGCAUCCUGCGGGGCAUCGGGGAAGACCCGGGCAGAGAGGGGCUGCUCAAGACGCCCGGUAGGGCAGCCAAAGCCAUGCAGUUCUUCACCAGGGGUUACCACGAGAGGCUCGCGGACAUCCUGAACGACGCGAUCUUCAAUGAGGACCACGACGAGAUGGUGAUCGUCAAGGACAUUGACAUGUUCUCCAUGUGUGAGCAUCAUAUGGUGCCCUUUGUUGGCAAGGUGCACAUUGGAUACCUGCCCAACAAAAAGGUGGUGGGACUUAGCAAGCUGGCCAGGAUCGUUGAAAUGUUCAGCAGGAGGCUCCAAGUACAAGAGCGGCUGACCAAGCAAAUUGCUGUGGCCGUGACGGAGGCACUGCAGCCUGCAGGUGUCGGUGUGGUCAUCGAAGCCACCCACAUGUGCAUGCUGAUGCGUGGCGUGCAGAAGAUGAACAGCAAAACGCUGACGAGCACCAUGUUGGGUGUCUUCCGGGAGGAUCCCAAGACCCGAGAAGAGUUCCUGUCGCUCAUCCGACACUGAGUGAGCAAAGCGAGUUCGCGGGCAUGCCGCUGGCCUGCGGACCGCAACAUUGCGGAGCACGUGACCACCGGUGAUAACAACAACAGCAACAACAACGCUUCCUUCCCAGACCCCCUUGAGAGCCUUCAACAUUCAACCCCGUCCUGACUAGCCGCUGCCACUGCACAAGCUUGUGCCGUUACAUAUACACCUGUAAGGUUGUCGUGUGGUGAUAGAAUGUAGCAUGCUUGGUUGAGGACUGAGGACAAAGUUGUAAUUUAUGGAAACAAAAUCUGAAAUUCUUGUAGGUUGCUAGAACAAGAGGGAUGGGUGGGGGGGGGGGUGUGGUGAGUUGUUUUUACCAACCCAUGAAUCAAGCCUCUGGAGAUUCACAAAGGUAGCUAUAAGGGGCCGUCCAUAAAUGACGUCACACACCUGGGGGGUGGGGGGGUCAGACAUUUGUGA